UGGUGGUGGUGGUUCAAGGGCCAGCCCAGAAGGUGCGGCUCCUCAAGCAGGAGCGCGCCACCGGAAGCGCAGCAAGAGCCGUGAGCGCUGUCGAUCAGCGGAGCCCAAGCAUCGAAGUUAUCACCACCACCACCACCCCCAGCUCCAUGGUUCAGCAUCUGCUCCAGGCUCCGGGUAUUGGAGCUCAGAUGACAACCUGGAACGGGAGCUGUGUCUCUACCACCCUCAUCAUCACCAACCUCCUCCCUCACCUUCCCUCUCCAUUUCCCCUUCACCUGUUGCCAUGUCAAUGGCCCAGUGCCACGGCAACAAUCCUGACAAGUAUCCCCAGACUCCCCUUCCAAGUCUCCCCUCUUCACAGUCCCAGCAAUACUUCAUGGUUGACCCCUAUGGGACACUAAACGAGCACACACACACCCAUGCACGCCAUGGCCACACACACCACUCUGCACUCAAAGCCUCCCGGAGCAACAGCGAUAUGAAAUAUGCAGCAUCGUCAGCAUGUGUGCCAGUUAGUGGUAGCAGCAAUAACAUCGGUGGAGGUAUCGGUGGAGGAAGUGGCCCCUUGCUGCCAUUGGGUCUUGUGGACGGACCACAUGAGAAGAAAGGGGCAUGGUCGUCAAGCCUUACGGUGAGCAGGGCCAGAGAGGUCUACUCCAACAACAGCAGCCACAACCAGCUACGAGCCAGCGCAGGAUCCGGUAACCUAGACCUAGAUAGAGCUCUAGUCAAAUCUAAGGGCAGUCAGCAGCAGGACCACUCUUGCCAUUUCUUACAGGUACCUCAGGAUGAGUGGAGUGGUUUCUCUCCUCUGGGAAAGGAGGAUGACAUCCCCUGUCGGAGGAUGAGAAGUGGCAGCUACGUCAAAGCCAUGGCUGAAGACGACAGUGGGGACUCAGAGGGGAGUCCCAAACCCUCACCCAAAGUCCAGGCUCGGAGAGCCAGCUACCUGAAAGCCACACAGCCAUCGCUGACUGAGAUGACCACACUGCAGAUUUCAACAGAGCACUCUCCCAAGCUGCAGAUUAGGAGCCACAGUUACCUCCGUGCAGUCAGUGAAGUUUCAAUAAACAGAAGCCUGGACACCCUGGACCCCAAAACCCUCCUGGACCCCAAAUCAUUGCUGUCCUCACCCCAGUACCGUUCACGGAAUGAAAGCUACAUGAGAGCCAUGAGCACUAUCAGUCAGCUGAGUGAGGUGGAAGUGAACGGACAGAUUGAGCAGGUCUGUGAGCAGGUCUACAGUGCGUUGCAGUCUCAAGCUAUGGACAAUGCGAUGGACAGUUUGGAGACCAUGGACACCCUGCCCAUGCCCGGAUGCUUCCGUAUGAGAAGCCACAGUUACGUGAGGGCGAUUGACCAAGGGUGUUCUGGGGAUGAGGAAGGAGAAGGAGGGAGACCCCUGCUGCUGCUACCAUCCUCACCACCACGCACAUCUGCAACGACUGUCAGGACCAUCCAGAGCAGCACAGUUUCAUCGUGUAUCACCACCUAUAAGAAAACCCCUCCACCAGUACCUCCACGAACCUCCACCUGCUCCACAGCCUCCAAGCCAUUUAUCUCCAUCACCGCCCAGAGCAGUACAGAGUCUGCACAGGAUGCUUACAUGGAGGAGGAAGGACCCAGAGGUGACAUGACGAUCCAGUCAGGGUUAAGUAACUCAACAGAAAGCAUCGACAGCAUGAAGGCCCUCACAGCUGCCAUAGAAGCUGCUAACGCUCAGGUCCAUGGACCAGCCAGUCAGCAUGUCAGUAACAGCACCAUGACAGUUAGCUCACCCAACCCAGCGGUCCUCAGCAGGGGGCAGGUUGUUGUUGAAGACCACUGGGACGAUUACAAGAAAGAAGCACUCAGGAAGGGCAAAUGUCUCUCCAUAGGAAUCCAGGUUGAUGGACCAGAGGAGGUUCCAGAUCCAGAGGAUCCAUCCAAAUUCCAGUCUGUGGGGGUACAAGUGGAGGAUGACAGAGGAUAUCGAAGGUUUCAGCGUUCCAACAGCGUGACGACAGCUGUACAGGCAGACCUGGACUUGCCGGACCUUCUGGACACACCUUUGGACUCUCCGAACCUUCACAGGGACAUCUUGUCACCUCGUGGUCUCUGUCGACAGUAUUCACGUGAUGCUGCCACCUCCACCGUCAGCAUCCAGGGCUCAGGGAACCACUAUCAUGCCUGUGCCUCUGAUGACUAUGAGGACGUGGGCUUUGAUCCAUCCAUCCUGCCCCCUCCAGACCCCUGGAUCGACACUGUAACUGAUGACCCACUUGAUGCCAACUUCAGUAGUUCUGCUAUCCUGGAGGUGGUCCAGAGGUCGGUCUGUCAGAGAGACGGACGCUGGUUUCUGAAGCUGCUCCAAGCUGAGACUGACCGCAUGGAGGGCUGGUGUCGACAGAUGGAGCUGGACCAGCUGGAGAAUGACCUGCCUGAAGACAUCCUGGAGAAGAUGAGGGGUGCUGUUGGAAGUGCACAGCUUCUGAUGUCCCAGAAGUUUCAGCAGUUCAGGGAGCUGUGUGAAGAUAACCUGAGCCCCAGCACCAACCAUCGGCCGGCAGCUUCAGACCUGGCUGGAUUCUGGGACAUGCUUCAGCUGUCUAUUGAGAACAUCAGCCUGAAGUUUGAUGAGCUUCACCAGCUCAGAGCCAACAACUGGAGAGCUCUGGAUCCACCUGAGAGAAAGAAUGAAGACCACUGGAGUGAAAUCAGAGGACUCGCUUCAGCUGAGAGGCGACUUCCACCCCCAGUGCCUAAAAAGCCACUUAAGGGUCCUCAUCAUCACCCACCUCUGGCCAGAGACCGGUCACUGGAGAGCUCCGAGAAGCAGCGGCAGGAGGCCCGCAAACGCCUGAUGGCUGCCAAGAGAGCGGCAUCUGUCCGUCAGAACUCAGCUACAGAGAGCGCCGACAGCAUCGAGAUCUACAUUCCUGAAGCGCAGACCCGGUUAUGAGGCCUAACACGGGCCUUCUACUCCCCCUACAGAAAACUGGAACAUGGACAGUUGUUAACUUCAAGGUAGAAAGGUGUAACCUAAUGUGAAUAUUUUACUAAUCCAGUGUUUUUUCUUUUUUGCUUCUCUUCAGUUUUUACCUGAUCAGUUGUGUUGGAGUUUAUUAGAACCAGAGCUGAACCCAGUAUUUAGUUCAGGUUCAGGUUCAUGUCUCGUUUUAAUACGGGACUCAAUCAUUUAUAGCUUUAUGCUGUAAAACAACAGAAAUGCCAAAACUUUAUGACCACUACUAUGAAUUUAUAUGCUAAACAUCCGCAUGAGCCUUGAUGCAACUCUUAAGCCUUCUUAAAGCUCUCCUCUGCUGUUUAACCACAACAAGACUUUUAGUCAGAAAACUUUGUCUGAAAGUUGGAUUGAACAGAACAGUGUUGGUUUCUCAGUGAGAUGAUGGGUGAAUUCUUCCAGUAUUGAGUUAAAAGUAAAACCUAAAUUAGAGUCUGUUCACCUCAGAGAUAAAACUGGUUUGUUUAUUUGUUCUGAAUCAUAAGAACAGAAGCCGUAUCUCACUAGACUGGGACUGUAGGAGACUCAAAAUUGUAAGAAAAUGCACAAAUUUUCUUCUUGAGUGUUUGCAAUGAGGUGUAUAAAUCAGCAGCUUUAUUACAUUACAGUAUAUUGAUUUGUUUGGAUGAUGAUACAAUGCUCCUCCAUGUCACAAAGUCUGUUGUGAUACCAUCGAUAUGUGAUGACAUAUGUCCAUCUAACACAAUAAUUUAGAGAUUUAAAGAUUGUGUCAGAUGGUCGAAAUGAUUGAACAUUUGGAACAGGUGUUCAAUGAAACAUGGAGGAACAGGUGAUCAGGUCAUGCAGCAACCAGCAGGGGUGGGGCUACCUUUAAAAAGAAAAACGAAAAAAAAAAUACAGAAGUUUAGAUGACGUGUCCAGCUCACACAAGGCAAAAGUCUGAGUGCUGAUAGAACGGCAAUCCUUCAUAUUGGUCAGGCAGCCAGGAAAUGAACAGCC